AUGGCCGACAUGCCGGACCUGUCGCACCUCACGCCCGAGGAGCGUGCCAUCAUCGAAGGCGUCAUGAUGCGCCAACGACAAGAGGAGCAGCGCGAACAUGAGAUCAUGAGGCGAAAGCAAGAUGAGGUCGCCGUUCUCGAGCAAACAAUUCGCACGAGAAAUGAGAUGCAGCGAGCAGCUGGUGUAGAGUUAGCAGCCACAUGCCACAUCUGUCUCAAGACCAAGUUUGCGGAUGGAGUUGGUCACUCUUGCCAUUACUGUAGAGUGAGAUGUUGCGCACGGUGUGGUGGCAAAGUCACUUUGCGUUCCAAUAAGGUUAUUUGGGUAUGCAUACUUUGUCGUAAAAAACAAGAGUUAUUAUCUAAAACUGGGCAGUGGAUUCACAAAAGCACGGGUCAUGAUUCCAUGUUAUGGCGAAUGGAAAAUGACUUGCGAGGAAUGCCGCCCCAGGUUGAAGCGUCAUUAGAUAAAAGACCAAAACUAGAACGAGCACAUAGCGCAGCGGAGAAAGAGAACCACCCUCUUCAGAGAUCGGGAAGUGCAUUACGUAGACAAUACAGCCAGCAAGAACCACGUUGUUACGGAGAGCUGGAGGGCUUGGCACGGACUCAUCCACAUUUAGUGCAUCCCAGGCAAAAAGCUGCAUACGGAGUGGAGGAUGCGAUGACCCUCCCACCAUCGCAGCUGAUGCCGCAUACACAAAACCACCCUCCUAUGCCUCCGCGUUCAUCGUCUUCUGAUGACGAGGUGCCAGAAUGUGUCUCUGAUGAGAACGAUGAAUAUCGUGAUCGCGGUAAUAGAGAUAGGAGCAGCUCCGAGAGCUCAAGAAGCCAACGUCAAGCAAUGCUAAACGAGAAAAUGAAAAAGUUCUUAUCGUUCCCGCAGAGUUGGCAAGUGUCGGCAGACGGCACUCGCAUGGUUGGACACAUGGUGCUUCGCAAGAGCGUUGUAGAAGGUAGUUCUCACUCGUCAGCAGCGAUCCUGGGACUGAAAGUAGUAGGUGGAAAGCUAUUGCCAGAUGGAACUCGAGGAGCUAUUGUAGAAAAGGUCAAGAAGGGAUCUAUAGCAGAUUUAGAAGGCCAGCUUAGAAUAGGUGAUGAAGUAUUACAAUGGAAUGGGGUACCUCUCCAAGGUCGAAGUGCAGAGGAGGUGGCAGCGGUUGUGGCAGAUAGCAAACAUGAUUCUCAUGUAGAACUUGUUGUGUCGCGGCCCCUAGCUGCCUCUAGACCUACAGCACAAUCUUGGAGAAAUCAUAAAGAAUUUUACACGGAAGUAAUGGGUGGAUGUGAGAAACCCAGCGUGCUUGUUACAUCACCGGGAUCUCCAGAUGUUCACUCACGUCGACGACCAACUAGACACAAUCACCACAAUGCUAAUGUUGCUGGUAGAAUUCAGCUGAAAGUAUAUUUCGAUAUCAGCGCGCUCCAGCUACUGGUGACAGUGGUGUCGGCAAGUGGGCUAACUCCUAGAGCUGAUGGAACCCCGAGAUGUCCAUACGCAAAGAUUUUCCUCCUACCUGAUAAGAGCGAAAAAAGCAAAAGGCGAACAAAAACACUAGCUAACACUUUAGAACCACGCUGGAAUCAAACCUUCGUGUAUUGUGGUAUAAGAAUCACGGAUAUAAAAAAAAGAACAUUAGAGGUUACCGUAUGGGAUCUAAAUCGUUUAGGCCCAAACGAUUUUCUUGGCGAAGUCUUACUUGAUCUUGACCAUAUUGUCAUGAAUCACGAACCUAAUUGGUACACGCUAAAACCUCACGAAGAAUCAGCUUCUUUUAGCAGAUAUCGCGAGGAUGAAGCUGACGGGGAACAUUUGUCUCCACCUUCGACUUCGACAUCCCGACUUUCGGACUCCGAUACACCGAGUGAAUGUGACUUACGUCGUCAUCAUUCUCUCUCUAGUCUGGCUUCCAGUUCCAGUCCACCUCCACCACACGAGCGAAUGGAUAUGGAUGGAAAUCGGAAUAGUCGACGUGAGAUGUCACCGGCGGGUCGCGUACGGGCCGCGGGCAUGUCCAGGGAAAGAAGCGGCGGAUAUAGUGUGGCACGUUCGCAGUCAGCGGCGGGAGUGGCGAGACCGCAGCGAGCGCGCAGCAAAUCCCCGCGGCGAUCACUAUCACCGCCCGUAGACCGCGACCGGGACACUUGGCGUUACACAGGCGAGGACAGAAGCGGCGGAGAUGUAUCAAGACUGCCGACACACGCCUACGCUCCACGGUUUCAGUCUCGAUCGGCAACAGCUACUCCGACAACGAGUCCUAAGAAACGACAACUACCACAAAUACCUCACCAGAGUACGCAGAGAGCGGUGCGAGCUCAAGUAUCAGCGGACCUAGAGGAACGUAAGUGGAUCGCCCCGCAUCACAUUGGCGCCACACUAACCUACCGCAGCACGCCACAAGGUUGGGAACGCCACUACGCGGGGCUAUCAGAUUCGGAGCUAGCGGCUCGAGGAGGCAGUGGUUGGGCACCGAGACGUAGGCUCUCGCCUGACGCCACCGCUGCCGACUCGGAUCUUGAAUCCGUUGCGUCAGUCACAUCGAGUGCAUUCAGUACGCAGUCUGAAAGACCUCGACCCACACGGAUGCUCAGUAACGAUUACGGCGGUCGAGAGAACGGACGCAGCAACAAUCAGCCACAACCUCUGGAGAGGCGAGAAUCGCGACGAGGACAGUUCACGAGAAGCCUCAGUAACGCUGAUGUACCUCCGGACGAGAAAGCAGAUGGAAGUCUCAGCGACACGGCAUUGGGUGGAACCAACGAAUUGGAGCCAGUCAGUGACGACGUGCUUCUGAAGGCGGAACCACGUGAUUAUUUCGGUCCUGGUAUGGGCAAGAAAAGCAAUUCUACAUCGCAGCUGUCUGCCACAGGACGCAAACGGAGGUUAGGUUUCGGCAAACGUGGAAAAAAUUCGUUUACGGUUCAACGCAGCGAGGAAGUGGUACCCGGAGAAAUGCGCGGGGCAGGCUCCGGUGUGUCUCGUGCCUCCUCCGCCUCCAGUGAGAACGACGACGACAGAUGGUCGCCGGGCAUGCGCGGGUCGGGCUCCUCUGAUGGCGGAGGCCUAUCGGACUUCAUCGACGGCCUAGGCCCUGGUCAACUAGUCGGAAGGCAGCUACUCGGAGCGCCCACUCUGGGAGAUGUACAACUUUCUAUGUGUUACCAAAAAGGAUUCCUUGAGGUAGAAGUAAUUCGCGCUCGAGGCCUACAAGCUCGACAAGGCAGUCGAACGUUACCCGCGCCCUACGUUAAAGUUUAUUUGGUCAGCGGCAAACGCUGUGUAGCCAAAGCUAAAACUAGUACCGCGCGUCGAACACUCGACCCACUCUACCAGCAAACGCUUACCUUCAGAGAAAACUUCAAGGGAUGCGUUCUGCAGGUCACAGUUUGGGGAGAUUAUGGACGAAUAGAAGGGAAAAAGGUGUUCAUGGGCGUAGCACAGAUUAUGCUCGAUGACUUAAAUCUUUCUAAUAUUGUUAUCGGAUGGUACAAGCUUUUCGGAACGACUUCUUUGUAA